CAUUUCAAGGGCAAAGAAAUCUCGAGAAGAGACAAUGCACGACGGUACGCAAGGGAGCCUAUUGGUCCUGGCAGCAGACGAUGUAGAGGACGCUAUUCUCCUGGCUCGGGUUGGCGACACCGACGAACUGAUUGCGCUGUUGCAACGUCACUCUUCUCGCUCUCUCCUAACGGGUGCUACGAUGGGCGACCUCGUUCGGCAGAUACAAGAUCCUGAAACGGGAAACACCUUAUUGCACUACGCAUCAGCCAAUGGACAUUCCAGUCUCAUCAAACGUCUCGUGGAGUUGCUCUUGCAGCAAAAAGCAGAAGGAAGAGAACAGGAAGUCGUUGCGCUGGCCUAUCUCCUACGAGCUAACAAGAGCGGAAACACGGCGCUGCAUUGGGCUUCUCUCAAUGGACAACUCGAGGUUGUACGAAUUCUCAUCGAUACGAUCGAGGGACUAGCGUCGCAAACAGAGGGUAACAAACAAGGGAUAGCAGUCUCAAAGCAAGACGAGGAUGGUGAGGAAGAGGACGAAGCCAAAAGGAGGAGUAUUUGGGAUGUCGUCAACGCCGCAGGCAGAGGCCCGAUGAGCGAGGCACAAAUGAAUAAUCAGGAAGAGGUCGUGAGAUUUCUCCUCGAUCGCAUGAUCGCUGCGACCGCUUCUUCGCCGACCGCAGAGCAAGAUACUUAAGUACAGUUCAUAGAUAUCAGCGGAAUGGACGGAUCGACAUAAUUCCCCUAGUUGAGACAUGUAAUGUAGCAAAUAUAUCUUAUUUUCUUUAACGG